CUGACAAGGACAAGGACAUCACUCGGCAAUAAAGCUCUUGUUGAGUGAGUUUCAUCAAGCGCGGUGGCAAAAAACACAGGUGAACGAGUCACAGAUUUUAAAGACAUGAAGCUCAACGUUUCAAAUGGCACCUUCCUCUCUAAGAAUGGUUCCUUUACAACUACAAGCAAUCAUUCAAACCUAUUCAGAGACAAUAAUCAAUCUGUGGAAGAGUUCUUUCCACAAUAUGAAAUGGCAACCGAGGACAAGAUCAUUUUGGGAUUUYUAUCWCUGCUYGGUCUUCUUGUAGUUGUCGCUAACCUUACAGUCCUUGGCCUCGUCAUGAAACUGAGGUUUCUUCGAGCAAAGCCAAACUACAUCAUCAUCAGUCUGGCGUUAUCUGACUUUUUCUCAGGAGCMGCAGCUAUUCCUCUUCUUGUCGCCUGCAAUGYCACUKUUGAAMGGCCACURUGYAUAGGUAUGGAUGUCUGUCAAAGGUUCCUAGCCAUAUCGACAAUCCUCCAUCUCGCAGCCGAUGUAGCGAACAGAUAUUUUAGAAUUGUGAAGCCUUUUGCGUACAGAAAAUCAGCAACUUGCUCUAAACUUGUCUUGUUGAUCGUUCUUCUUUGGGUGGUCUCCCUCGCAUUCGCUCUCGUCCAAAUUAUUUGGAUUGAAGAUCGUCAAUCAGAAAAACAAUUUGCGUACAACUUGGGCAUCUUUAUAAUCUUCGUGUUUACUCCUUUUCUUAUCAUCGUCUCCGCCUGCGCGCAGAUGUUUCGUGCUAUCAGAAAACGCAAAGAUUUCCGCGGCAAAUCAAACAKGAUAAAGAAAAUCAAGCGAACUGAAAUCCGCGCUUUGGUYGUGUAUGGAAUGAUGACAUUCUGUUUCGCAAUCGGCUGGUUCCCAUAUUUCCUAAUGACAAUCCUCGAGGACGCAGGMUAYAUCRUCAUGAUGCCGUACUGGUUAAGUAUCGCUCUCCUGUUCCUWAAGUACGGUACGUCGCUGAUAGAUCCUCUUUUGUAUGCCCUUAUGAAGAAUGACUUUCAGAAAGGUUUGAAGAACUCUAUAAUAGGYARAAGAGAAGAAGACGAGUUGUACUCKAUUCAGAUGGAUUUACUAAGUAAAAAGACGUCUAGAAGCACGAGUAAUAGCAGUGGCAAGAAAAAGACGCGAAUUGUACUUAUUUCAGAGGAAACCGAUUAGAUAAUAAUCUACCAGAUAUAUCGAAGAACUUGUAAUWGUGAGAUAUGUUAAAGAAGACUGACACAGUUGUGUACUCCAUCAAGAAGGACUAGAAAACUAUCUUAAAGAACUACCAAAUGAUGGCAAAAAGAAGCUAAAUUGUAGUUGAUUCAGAAUAAUCGAAGAACACUCAAACAACUAGUCUUAAAUGAGAAAGAUGAAGAAACUGAGAAGAUGAGCUGUAAUCGAGUUAACUCUAUUUAGAAGACACUUUAGAAGAGACUUGUCGGUAAUUACAGACAUCUAAAAGAACUUGUAGCCUGAGUGUGCUGAAAAGAAAUGAAGCGAGUAACUCGAGCAUCUAGUAGUAAAAUUACACUUUAUAAUAUAGCUUAUUCUCCAUUAUAUAUAUUUUAGGCCAUUCUAUGUUAACCAGCAGUUUUCUUAACUCUUAAAAAGGUAGAUUAUUAUUUUCAUCAUGGCAGACAUGAUAUUGCAUGAGAUAUACAAUGUUCUUCAGUCAUUUGGCAAUUUUCAUACAAAGAAGACGUUUGUCAACUCAACGUUUAACGGGUAACAAGAGCAGUUAUGUCACCGAAAACACCUGUAUUUUGCAAUUUUUAGAGAUUUUUCGGUUUUUACUGUGGCUACGUAUCAUAAUAAACCUUUAAAAAACUUUAAUUAAAAUGUAUUUCGGUACAAAUAUUUUUACUGAUGAAAUUUUGCUUUUCAAAUAGGCCCGGCAAAUGAAUUGAUGUUUAUUGAUCGGUUGAAACUUCUCUCCAAGUCAUAACUACGGACCAAAAUCUUAAGGAUCAGAACUCGGAGGCCGCGCGAUGCAUGAGGGUUUUCGCGCAAUCUAACCUAUGCGAUAAUAAAGUAAUUAACUAUAGUGUAAUUAAGCAUGAAUUGUAGUAAGUAUUUAAUUCGAUGAUAUAUUGAAACUAUUUUAAAUUGUUCUGGAUUGCUAGCCAAUUUUGCCAUAAACUGAACAUUAUUGAUUAUUUACCUAGCUUAUGAUGAAACCAAGAAAGCAAUGAAAACAUCAUAGACUACCACUUGAAAGAAUAUAGACCAACCAAUAAGAAUGCCCGGUCUGUUAGAUCUUCAAAAAGAAUGAUUUAAAAACCCAAUCAUUUUUAGUCAUUCCCAUUAAACUGAACAAUUAAAAUUAUAGAAUAUUCAAUUCACAAGAUAUUGUAAGAGAAUGUUCAGUUUAAUCACUCAUAG